UUUGGAUUUCAAACUGUCUACUAGCACUUUGUACUUUAGCUUCAUUGGUGGAUCAAUAUUUAAUGCCUGGAGAUCCAGAGAAUGCACCAGUCAUUUCAAGGGAGCUCUUCAGCCAAUCUGCUUCGCUUGGCAGGUGAUUAUUAUUCAUAGAAGUCUGCCUGUAUUCUUUCCCUUCCUGAGAUCCACACUGCUGACUCAGUGCCUUAUUCAGUCGUCUCUCUCUACGCCGCUGCUGCCGGACCUUUUUCUCUUACAGCCUCUGAGUAUUUGCAUCCUCCACCAUGUCUAAAACAGCAAUCGCCUACAAGGAGAAAAUGAAGGAGCUUUCGAUGCUCUCUCUGAUAUGUUCCUGCUUUUAUUCUGAACCACACGCUGCGGCAUUCUAUAACUAUGAUGACAUGGAAGUGAAGCAAAUCAACAAGCGUGCCUCAGGUCAGUCCUUUGAGGUGAUUUUAAAGCCACCUUCUCCAGAAGCAGCUCCAGCACUGGACCGAACUUUGUCACCUCCAAAGAAGAAGGAUCUCUCUCUGGGUGAGAUCCAGAAGAAGCUGGAGGCUGCCGAGAGCAGGAGGAAGUCUCAGGAGGCCCAGAUUCUGAAGCAACUCGCAGAGAAGAGAGAUCAUGAGCGAGAGGUCUUGCACAAGGCCUUGGAAGAGAACAACAAUUUCAGCAGGACUGCAGAGGAAAAACUGAUCAUCAAGAUGGAGUUGAACAAGGAAAAUCGCGAGGCUCACUUAGCUGCCCUUAUGGAACGUCUCCGUGAGAGGGAGAGGCAUGCCACAGAGGUCCGCAGGAACAAGGAACUGAGGGACCAGAUCUCCGGCUGAAAGCUACAGCCCGAUGCAUUUCACAUCCUGAAUCCAGCCUUCUGCCCAUAAAUUCUGGAUAGUGAUACAUUAGUAUGGAAGUCAUGAGACAUGGUUUAAGAAAAUCAAUAAAUCAAUUACUAUAAUCAAAAUUCUAGUUUAAAAAUUACACAAAGAAAAAAAUGUGAACCAAUCAAUUUGCAAAAGGAUUUGCUUGAUGUGGAAACACAACUUGGGUCUUGUUUUGUAAUUACCCACUCUUUUUUGUUAAUGAUCGGAGUAUGCAUAAUACAAGCAGUUUCAUACUUUACUGCAUCCUGCCUCACGUCCUUUAUGUUGCCUCCUUGCACUGAUUUGACAUUGCUAGAUUGGCUCUUUGGAAGCUCUGUGCUCAUCAGUCGAUAGAGAGGAACCUGAGGAAUAUCAAGGUCAGAUAGUCAAUGGUGCUAGUGACUUCUGCCUCAAUUUCAACCCCAGAACUGUCAGUUCUCUUUUCCUCAACACACACUGGCCUUGACCUUUCACUCUCAUGGUCUGUUUUUUUCCCUUUGUUCAAACCCCCUUGAUCUGUGAGCAGGGCUUUGUACUGGUCUUUUUGAGGGAAGGGGGAAUUGUGCCAAGUAAGGCCACUGAGCACCCAAGACCUACAAAAUUUGUUCCAGCUGUUAAAGUUAUAACCUAGAAGGAUGCUGCCUGCUUAUUCUAAUCUUCAUUAGUGGUAUUUUCAUGUAUGUCAUUGUGAGCAAGCUGUGAUAAUAAAGAAUGGAGUUCUGUGAA